AUGGACAUUCUCAAAAUCCUCUCGCGCGGCACCAAGAAAUCGGCAGCCCAGAAUGUCCCUGCCGCCGCCAAGCCCACCACGAAAAAGGUCGCCAACCCGCAGCUUUACAAUGAUCCCACGCGAGGAACGAAGCGCAAGCGCAUCGAGCAGCCUCUACCCGAGCAGGCGACCAGCGAUGCCGACGAAGAUGUGGACUUCUUUGCGCCCAAGGACUUGAACAAGGUCACCUCCAAGGAAGAGGCUGGCGACCACCAAGGCCCGUCCUCGCAGUCUACCGCCAAGCAGGAACCGCAAGCGCCCGCGCUGCUCGACAACGACGAAGUCCGACAAAUCCUCAAGUCGCACCGGCUCAAGUUCACCCUCCUCUCGUCCCAUGAGGAGGAGCGCGCUGCAAAGGUCAAAAAGUCAAAGAAGAAGCAGAAAACAGCGGUUCCCGCAAAGUCGAAGGACACGAAGCGGUCCCUCUACCCACAGCCCUUGACCUCGUUUACCGAGCUGCGAUCCACCUACAACGUCUCGGCGAGAGUAUGCAGCAACCUUGCAAAGCAGGGCUUCCGCCUGCCAACCGAAGUCCAGCUGGCAAGCCUGCCGCUGCUGCUCGACCCUUCGCGGGCACUGCGCUCGUCGGCCGACGACCUGGAUUACAACAACGGCAUCGACUUCCUCGCGGUAGCGCCAACGGGCAGCGGCAAGACCCUGACGUUCUUAAUACCGAGCAUCAACGACGUCUUGCGGAGGCGCGCAGAGGGUGCGACACAGCAGGAAGGGCCGAUUGCCAUAAUCAUUGCGCCGACGAGGGAGCUUGCACACCAGAUCGCGAACGAAGGCAAGAAGCUGGCGCAAGGGACCGGUGUCAAGAUUGUUGGCAUGAAGAAGGGCAUGGUGAUACCUGCAGAUGGUAGCAAGACUGACGAUGAGGAGAUGGCAACGCAGGAGGACAAGUCAGACGGCGAGGACGGCUCAAGUGGCUCGGAAGACGAGGCAGAUUCAGGCGACGAGAGGACGCCCAAGCAACAGACAACGACAAAAGCCGACAUUCUCGUGACGACACCAAUGAUGCUUCUCAACUUCCUCACCAAGGGGUCGAUAUCCAGGAAACUACCCUCGGUCAGAUCACUCAUCCUGGACGAGGCCGACGUCCUGCUCGACCCGCUCUUCCGCAACCAGACAAUGGGUAUCUGGAACGCCUGCAGCAGCCCGUCGUUACGAGUGACGUUGUGGUCGGCGACCAUGGGCGCCAACAUCGAGAGCCUUGUCGCAGACCAGCUCAAGCCGCGCACCACCGCACCGCUCGUCCGCCUGGUCGUCGGCCUCAAGGACACGGCCGUGCCCAGCAUCAAGCACAAGCUCAUCUACACGGCCACGGAGCAGGGCAAGCUCUUUGCGCUGCGCCAGCUCCUGCACCCAAACUCGUCCUCCAGCUCGACCGUGCCCGACAUGCGCCUGCCGUUCCUCAUCUUCGCGCAGACCAUCGACCGCGCGACCGCGCUGCACAACGAGCUGCAGUACGACAUCCCCGUCGAGGCGGGCGGGUCGACGCGCAUCGCCGCGCUGCACUCGUCCAUGUCAGAGUCGGCCCGCGCGGCCGUCAUCACGCGCUUCCGCGCGGGCGAGAUCUGGGUCCUCAUCACGACGGACCUGCUCAUGCGCGGGAUCGACUUCCACGGCGUCAACGGCGUCAUCAACUACGACGUGCCCACCUCGGCGGCCGCGUACGUCCACCGCGUCGGCCGCACCGGCAGGGCGGGCCACGGCGGCUGCGUCGCCGUCACGCUCUACACGACCGAGGACGUCGCCCACCUCAAGACCAUUGCCAACGUCAUUUCCCUCAGCGAGAAGCAGGCCUCCGCCGCCGCAACGACGACUGGGGACGCCAAGUCGUCGGCGUCCGAGAUCGACACCGCAGUGCCCAAGUGGCUCAUGGACGCCCUGCCCAAGGUCGGCAAGGACUCCAAGAAGAAGCUCCGCGAGCGCGGCGUCGAGUCCCGGCGCAGCAGACCCGGCGGUGGUGGUGGCGGUGGUGGCGGUGGUGCGGCGAGAAUCACCUCCAAGAGCGCAUGGGAGAGGAGGAAAGAGCACAACCGGCGCGGUGCGAUCGAGGGGAGCAAGAACCGCAAGAAGCAGGCCGCCGCUGAGGCGGAGGCGGGAGGAGGAGAAGCCGGUGGCGGCGGCGGUGGUGGCGGUGGUGACGAGUGGGGAGGUCUGGACGAUUGA